AUGGAAGAGGUUUUCAGCAUAGCUCCGCAACCAUCAACUGAACUUGGAAGGUAUCGCGUCCUCUCAAGAAAUGCAGGAAUAAGGGUUUCCCCUUUAGUCCUCGGUGCUAUGUCUGUGGGGCAGGCAUGGGAAGAUCAGAUGGGCUCUAUGGACAAAGAACAGUCUUUUAAGCUAUUGGACGCAUUCUACGAGGCGGGCGGCAAUUUUAUCGACACUGCCAAUGCAUACCAAAACCAAGAAUCGGAAGAAUGGAUUGGUGAUUGGAUGGCCUCUAGGAAAAUCGCGAUCAGAUGGUGA